ACUUAAUGCAACUCUGCCAGUGUCUUAAGGAUCCUGAUGCUAAUGAAACAUCUUGGUACAGGACUGAGGUCUGUUCCUGGAUUGUCAAUUCAUUAAUGAAGCAUGACUUGCACUGAACAAGACAAGCUGGGCCAAGCGUUUGAAGACGCUUUUGAAGUACUCAGGCAACAUUCCCCUGGAGAUUUCCAGUUCUCCCCAGAUUACAAAAAUUACCUGACUUUCGCCAACCACUGUCCCUACGUCAGAGGGAAUGCCAGCUGCUAUGACGUGGUGCCUGCAGAGGAGCCUCUUCAUGCUUGGAGAACCAUCAUGAACAAUGCUGCGGACUUUUACCCGGAAGAGAAUUUUCACCAAUCUUCACAGCACGCGACAGAAAGCCAGCUGGGACAACCUGCUCUCCUCCGACAAAACAGAGCAAAAGGCAGGAAGAAGCUCCGACUGUUUGAAUACCUGCACGAGUCCCUGUGUAGUCCUGAGAUGGCCUCCUGUAUCCAGUGGGUGGAUAAAAACAAAGGCAUCUUCCAGUUCAUGUCAAAAAACAAAGAGAAACUCGCUGAACUCUGGGGACAAAGAAAAGGGAACCGGAAGACCAUGACUUACCAAAAAAUGGCCAGGGCACUGAGGAAUUAUGGAAGAACUGGGGAGAUCGUCAAAGUCCGGAGAAAGCUAACUUACCAAUUCAGCGAAGCCAUUCUCCACAGACUCUCCUCACAGCACCAUCAGCCUGAGCAAGAACAUCUCAGUCUAAAUGCUUGGAAUGCAAAUCACAACUAUACAUAUGUCAAUUACCAUGCAUUAAGUCACCCAGAUUGCUAAAUGAUGUUCUCUCAUUUCACGGUGUCUUGGUUGGGGAAUUGCUACAUGCUUCAAGAUU